UUUGAGUUCCAGGAUUAGGGUUUUACAUUUUUAGAGGUCUCUUAUAAGCUCCCCAUAGCCUCGGUUGCCGCCGUAGUAGACGAAAGCAGCAGAGCAACAGUGUUAAGAGACACGGCGCCUCAGCCCAACAACAACCAUGGUUCACGUCUCAUUUUACCGCAACUAUGGGAAGACAUUUAAGAAGCCUCGUCGUCCUUAUGAAAAGGAGCGAUUGGAUGCUGAGCUGAAGCUGGUGGGAGAGUAUGGGCUGCGAUGCAAGAGAGAGCUUUGGAGAGUUCAGUAUGCUUUGAGCCGUAUCAGAAAUGCUGCAAGGGAUCUGCUGACCCUUGAUGAGAAAAACCCACGUCGGAUCUUUGAGGGUGAGGCCCUUCUUCGCAGGAUGAAUCGAUAUGGGCUUUUGGAUGAGAGCCAGAACAAGCUUGAUUAUGUCUUGGCCUUAACAGUGGAGAACUUCCUUGAGCGCCGCCUUCAGACUCUUGUAUUUAAGGCUGGUAUGGCUAAAUCUAUCCACCAUGCCCGAGUGCUCAUCAGGCAGAAGCAUAUCAGGGUUGGCAGGCAGGUGGUCAACAUUCCUUCUUUCAUGGUGAGGGUUGAUUCACAAAAGCACAUUGAUUUCUCUCUCACUAGUCCGUUUGGUGGUGGACGUCCUGGAAGAGUAAAGAGAAGGAAUCAGAGGGCAGCUGCCAAGAAGGCCGCUGGUGGAGACGGAGAUGAAGAGGAUGAAGAAUGAGUAAUGGGUGGUUUCUGAUCUUUUGGGGAUAGUUACAGUAGGACUAUCUCAUCUAAGCUAGUUUUACAUGACUUACAAAUUGAUGUCUUUGGUGUUAAUUUGCAUAAGUUUUUAUCUGCUAUCUUUUAUGGACAUUGUACUUAAUGUCCCCUUUUUUUUUCUUAUUAUAUUGAAGUAUCAAUUAAUUGAUUUGGCAUGGAAAUUUUGGAUUUUGAAGCCGUGGAUGAUGCAUGGUUGAUAUUGGUUGGAAUUAAGAUUUUCAUUUCUAAAUUGGAGGGAUUUGUGAUUGGAUCUUUGUGUUAGAUCUCAUUAAGCAGUAUGAUCUAGUAAAAAAAUCCAGAAAUGAAGCCUAGAGUGAGCUGUGAUUUUCUUGUUAGGCAAAGCCUCAAAGGCAAUGAAUGAUAACAGUUCCUUUUCAGGUUGACGAUGUCGUUAGCCAUGACUUAGCUGACAAACUAUUGUUUUGUACUAUUAGAAUGUUUGAAGUAGUUUCUAAUUGCGGUUGUUAUCAUUUGCAGCAUCAUUAUAUUUGCAAUAUCAUUAUAAUAAUGUAAUUAUCGACCACAUUUAUCUUAUCAUUUGAAAUUUGAAAUCAUUUCUUUGGUAAUUUUCAACUUUGUUUCUUUGAGCAUUUCUUUAUAACUUUCCC